UCACAAUCUUUUAGGUUUUUCGAGAAACUGUGCCCUUGAAUUCACGGUCGUCGGUCUUGUGCGAUAAUUUUCGUUGUCCUCUGCGAGUUUUCAUUACCUUUCUAGUAAUUAGCAAACAAGAAGAUGCCUCGUCAAAGGAGGGCUCCAUCUGCACCGAUGAGGCGUGCCCCUGCACCUCCGCCACCACGCCAAGCAGCAGCUGCGCCGGCCCCAACUAGGGCAGCAGCUGCGCCAACGCAGCCAGUGCCAACCCAACCGCACCCACCAGCGCCUAUGAUGUCCCAGCCACAGCAGCCUGGCAUGUUUGCUCAAAUGGCUACCACAGCAGCUGGAGUUGCCGUUGGCUCUGCAGUGGGCCACACAAUUGGUCAUGCCCUGACUGGUAGCAUGGGAGGGGGAAGCGCCGAGGCCGCACCUGCUGCUGCUGCUCCUGCAGCUGCCGCACCACCCAUGCAAUACCAGCAGCAACAGCUCAGUGGUCCCUGCCAGUAUGAGCUCAAGCAGUUUCUGGAGUGCGCCCAGAACCAGCAUGACAUCUCGCUGUGCGAUGGCUUCAACCAGGUUCUCAAGGAAUGCCGACUGCAGCACGGUGGAGGCAUGUAAAGUAGGCAACUAAGAAGCAAUGCUGUCGGACCCACUCCCAGAAAAAGCUGAUCCUUUGUGCUGAGGAGGGCAUUGUCCUUGCGCACAUCUGUAGAAAGUAAUAAAGUUCUCUAGCAUGUUA